AUGUCCUUCGCUAGCUGCCAGACUCGCCCGAAGCGCGUGCGAGGCGAACGCCAGCGUCUACAGGACGCGCGAUGGCGGCAAAGUAAGAAACAGGAGCGCCAGCAGCUGGAGGAGACAGCGCAACAACUAGAGACGCAGUUGGAGCAGCUACAGCAGAGUCAAAAUCCUGUGCAUUUUGAUAUUGGCAAAAUGUCGCCCUUGUUGGCUGGAAAGACGGCAACUAGUCCACAACAUAAGAAGAGGAAAAGCUAUUUCCCAUGCACUGCAGUCGGUAAUGGCUGGCAGGCAAAGGCCGAAUCCAUGAAACAGCAGCGAGUCGAAGCUGAGCUGCUCAACACGACCCUCCGAAGGGCACUGGUUAAGGAGCAGAAGGUGGCCAAGUCUUUGAAGGCCAUUAUGAACAAGAGGCCUUACAUACCGCGUUCGAUCAUGUACGAAAUGCGUCGAGCUAGUUGCUCCCAAACAGAGACCAGGACUCAAACCUUCCAGUGCUCGCAAUGCUGUAAUCCGACCACACUACACAUUAACCCCACUGUCGUCCGGCGCGAGAUCGAAGCGACGUUGCAGCGGAUGCACACACAAGCCAACGCCGUUCUCAGCGCUUCUGGAGCGGACAAUUCGCUUUCGUUCAACUUUAAAAUUCAUCUCGACCCGGGUGCUGGGCCUACAACGGAGGUGACGACGACAACCCCAAUGAAUUGUGGAUUGGACCACGCAGUGAAGCUGCUGGGCCCAAAUUGCUGUGUACAGAAGCCUGUCGAUCUUCUUGGAGCACGCUGCGUCCCGCCCCGCCGCCGUGGAAACGAUGCGCACGUGCAGCAAUUCACUGUCGAGCUGGGCGCUCCAUACCAAACGCUGCUGCUAGACGGUUUUGGUUCGACACGGAAAAGUGACGACGGCAAUCAGCGACUGAUUUUGUGGGCUGCUAUCUCUUUUGACAGGUGCGGAGCGCUCUGUUUCCGCGAGUGCACGUGGCUUGCUGUUCGCCGGUCGCCUUCAGAUCCAGUGAACGAGUCUGUGAUCCGGUCUCACUACUCGGUUGCUGCCGAAAAGGCUGCGGGCUGUACUGUCAUCGACGGAGAAAGCAUCGAUAGUGUGCGCGAUCGUGCGUUGUGCGUCUUGGGGAAGCAGAUUAAAGAGCGAUAUUUAGCGAUGCAGCGUGGAGUUCUACUUCAAACUGGGCGGGGAGACCUUGUCAGCUUUGUUGGGGCGUAA